GGAUACCUUUGUCAAAAUCUAGAUCGGUCGUAACCUGAAUUGUACGGCAUAUUUUUCUUAGCGUACAUAUGUACAUAACUACUCGCGUACUUACGGCAAAGUUCUUAAGCAAGAGAAAAAAAAAAAAAAAAAGGUAAACUUUUAGGUUACCUAGUACAUAUAGUAUCACUUGAGCCCAAUCUUGAUUCAUCCUUCCUCCCACUUCAACUUCAGACGACCUUGCGCUUUGAACUUGAAUAUGGCGAGCAAUAACACUGAAGUCGAAGCUGCCGAGCAGCAGCUCAAGAGUAUGGCACACUCUGAGCAGCAUUAUUUCAACAGUUACAAUCACCAUGGAAUCCACGAGGAAAUGUUGAAAGAUGAGGUUCGAACCAAGUCCUACAUGAACGCUAUAGUUCAAAACAAGCAUCUAUUCAAGGAUAAGGUCGUUCUCGAUGUCGGUUGUGGAACCGCUAUCCUCUCCAUGUUCGCUGUCCGCGCAGGAGCCAAGCAUGUCAUUGGUGUUGACAUGUCCACCAUCAUCUUCAAGGCCCGGGAGAUUGUCAAGGUCAAUGGAAUGGAGGACAAGAUUACUCUGAUCCAGGGCAAGAUGGAGGAGAUUGAGCUACCCUUCCCCAAGGUCGAUAUCAUCAUCUCGGAGUGGAUGGGAUACUUCCUUCUCUAUGAGAGCAUGCUUGACACCGUCCUCUACGCUCGGGACAAGUUCCUCGCCAAAGAUGGUCUGAUCUUCCCGGACAAGGCCACCAUCUUUGUGUGCGGCAUUGAGGAUGGCGAAUACAAGGAUGAGAAGAUCGGAUUCUGGAAUAACGUUUAUGGUUUUGAUUACUCGCCCCUCAAAGAGACAGCCCUGUCCGAGCCACUUGUCGAUACCGUGGAGGUGAAAGCGGCGGUGACUGAUCCUACCGCUGUCUUGACUCUUGACUUGUACACCUGCACCACGGCCGAUCUCGCAUUCUCUAUACCCUUUCAGCUUACCUGCCGACGCGAUGAUUUCGUUCAUGCACUUGUUGCCUGGUUCGAUAUCGACUUCACAGCAUGCCACAAGCCCAUACGCUUCUCUACUGGUCCUCACACUAAGUAUACCCAUUGGAAGCAGACGGUCUUCUACCUGGACCAGGUUUUGACGGUACAGCAAGGGGAGCAGAUCUCUUGCAAGUUGGAUGUCCGACCUAACGACAAGAACCGCCGCGACCUCGAUAUCCGGGUUGACUACCUCUUGGACACACAAGAUGCCACCCGCUCUGGUGAGGGUCAUUGUGAGUACAGAAUGUGUUAAGAAGAGAGCACAUUUCGGCUGAGAGGCACCCCUUAUACUAUCUGUUCCUCCAUAAGGAUCCCAUUGGCAAAUGCGUACCCAAUAGAUGGAUCCCAUCGACAUAGUAUCAGGCUACGAAGCAGCAAGUUGUCAGUCUUGCAUGAUAGCAUGGCGACCGGGGUCUAAAUGGCGUUGGGUGGUAAUAAUGUCUUCUGCACUC